UUUUUCUCUCAAAGAGCUCUGCAUUGAGGGGUUGCCCUGUCGACAAUUGACGUGGUUUCACCGUGGCUGUGCGCGCUGUAGGGUAGCGGGCACGGGCCAGGCAGGCAAGGCAGAGACAGACAGGCGUAACACAAGCAGCUGCCGUGCUUGUUGUACCUACGCCAGCGACUCCUCGAGAGCAGGCCCCGGCCGAGGUCACGGCCGCCGUCACAACUGGCGCAAACCCAACCUCACCUCGCCUCAUGCUGCCCUCGAGCUGCGCGGGUGGUGACGAGGGGUGGGGUUGAUGCGGCGGGGGCGGCGCGCACCAUGGCUGCGCCCCGCAGUUUAGUAAGUACCUACCUAAAUUCCGAGUGGUCGCUCCAAGCUUCUUAGGCGCUCGUUGGUAGCCCUGGAGAUGUCCUACGCGCCAGGGCUCCCACUAUCUAUGGUACAUACUACACACAGCUGCAUGCAGCGGCCACGCCAGCAUUCACCGACCUUCAACAUCAAUCCCGCCCAUCACCAUCCCAUCGAUACCACGCUCGACAUCUCCCGGUGACGCGGUGCCCAGCUCCGCAUCCGCCACCCACGAGGGAUCAUGCCCUCGCGCGCGCGGCCCCGUCACUGAGCAACGUCGGCAGCCCCCCGCAACACCUGAGGGCGCGUCUGCCCGCAAAACAACAUCACCACCUCACCUUCACCCAUUGUCCGCGCGCCGCGAGCCUGCCCACCGACCACGCACGUGGUUGCCUAUGGACGGCCUCGACUACUCCGACUCGGCCGUCAUGGACGCCGACUCGCCGCGGCAGGCAGGGUCCAGGCCGGGCGCCGACGACGGACCAGGCAACAGCACCGGCACCAGCAGCAGCAGGCGCUCCCCCAUGACCAAGACGAGGUCCCUGUCCGACGGUGGCGGCACGCCCUCGAAGCUCUCCCCGUCGCCGCACAUCGUCGAGGCUGUACGCCGCACCUCCAAGGACGACAGCGGCCUGCACCUCCGCGACCCCCAGACCGCUGGCCAGCAUCCCCAGCCGCCCGUCACGCCGCGACGCGAUCCCAGGGGCAGGGGCCACCAUCACGGCCUCUCGCUCCAGAUGCACGCGACGCACGCGCCUCGCCAGUUCACGCCGCCCCCCGCCGCCUCCAACCCCUACGUCAAGCCGCCGCCGCUGUCCCCCAAGCUCGACCACUCCCAUAUCUUCGCCUCCCCGACCAACAUCCUCCCCCGCCGCUCCCGCGGCCUUGACUUCUCCCGCGCCGCCACCAGCCUCCACCACUCGACCCUCGCCGAGCAGUCGUCGCCCGAUUCGUCGCCCACCACCGCCGACCGCGCUGUCAAUAUCCCCGGCCGCCGCGACUACGGCGUCCAUGGGCCCGAGCAGACGUCCACCUCGCUCUGGUCCGUCAUGGGCGACCGGGACAAGAUGAACAUGAGCAGCUCCCUCGGCAGCAACCACGCCCUCUCCCACUCCCACCCCGCUUCUCAUGCACACGCCCACGCCGUCGCCGUCGCCUCCGACUCUUCUACUACCUCGGAUGACGAUCUUAUGGACGAGGAUACGGACGAGGCCUACGUCACGACGCCUCUGGUCAAGUCGUCCGCCACCAUGGGUCAGGCGCCCCCCGGCGGGCCUUUUGGCUCCCCGGCCAUGAGCAGCCUCAUGAGCUUCCAGCAGCGCCAGCGACCACGCAAGCACCCCAAGAAGAAGGUGCGCGCCCCGCUCGGGCUGGGCUUCAACCUCUCGGCCGCCUCGCUGUCCAAGUCGCCCCCGAGCAGCUCCGCCCAGGCCAGGAGGGAGAGCAUCAGCUGGCAGGCCAACCAGCUGCACAUCUCGAGCGCCGAGGCCGAGGACGGCGGCCGCUCCAGCGAGGGCGACGCCGGCCAGGAGACGCAAAAGGGCGUCGUUCGCCGCGCCGUCACCCGCCGGGGCAACCUGCUGCCCAAGACCAAGACGUUUGCCCGCAUACGCGCCGCCCUACUCGAAGAGGGCGCGCCCGCCGAAGCCGAGACGCGCCGCGAGGCCGAGGUGGUCAAGCAGGUCCGCGAGAGCGACAUGGACCUCGAGCCGCGCAUACCCGCCCACGCCGACGCCGCCGUUGCUAGCACGCUGUCGUCGCCAAACAUGGCUAACAUGGACGCCGACAUCCCCGAGGAGGACAUGGGCGAGGCGACGGGCGCCUUCAAGCACCAGGCCACGAAAAAGUCCAAGGGCAAGAACUUUUGGGACACCUUUUCAGAGUCGAGCAGCCGCACCACACCGCCGCCCUCGUCGUUUCUGCCGCGGGGCUCCUCGUCUGGCGUGAGUGAGGACGCGGCCAUGGACUCGCCGUCGCUCGCCGGCCCAGGGCAGGGUUCGCAGAGCGGCAGCAACUCGGGUCCCAGCGCCGCCGAGAUCACGCGCCGCAUCAACAACAAGCGCCGCCGUGACGACGACCUCGACCCCAUCAGCUUCAAGCGGCGGGCCGUCAGCCCGGGCAUGAGCGUGCACAACUCGCCCGUGCCGCAGAGCCCGAUGCAGCGCGACUCGGCGGCGUGGGGCUCGCGGCCCGGCAGCACGGGCGGCGACAAGGGUAGCAGCGCGCCUAGCGACACGGGGAGCAACGGCGGGACGCCCGCCAACCCGCCCGGUCGGCUCAACAGCAAAGGCAGGGUGGGCUUUCAGGGCAUGGUGGACACCAACGACGGCAUCAUGCGUAUGAGCAUCGAGUAGGAUCAGCAUGGGGAUGUGUUGCGUUGUGAGUAUUGAGUAAGGGGAAUGAAUGCAGGGGUAAGGCUUGAUGAGGACGAGUAUAGGGGCACGGCAGACGUGCUGUACGGCAAGCAUUGUUGCACGGCGAGCAUCGACGGGAAGGGGGACCGUGUUGUAUGGUGAGCAUUGAGAAGGGGUCGGCACGGGGACGUGGCAUUGUGAGCAUCGAUUAUUGCAUGGGGAGGUCACUUGUUGGACGGCCUCGUUGGCGUUGGGAAGGGGCGCUGGGGCGUUUGUCACGGAGCAUCUGCACAUCACUUUUUCAUGUAGCACGUGUACGGCGGGCCAGGUCAUAACUCAUUAACAUCGCUGCUCGCCGCUUCUGGUA